AUGGCGGAAAAGAAGAAGGGAAAGAAGAAAAGAGAUGAAUACAUCCAUCCUAGAGAUAGGAUUGAGGAAAAACCAACAAAGGAGGAAUUCAAAAUAGCCAAAUGGAUGAGAAAAAAUGUGCAGAUCAAGAGAACCAAAUUCCUCAAUCACAAUGUAGAAUACUUCACAGGUAUGAGAGCUGUGGAUGCUCUCUUAACAUCAACAUUUGUCACUAGAGAUGACCCACUUUUCAAGACCAGAGAGGAAAUUUGUGAAUACCUACAUGUAAUGUUGACCCACAAGUUCUUCCACAGAGCUCUCAAAGUUCCAGUGGAUGAAAAUGAAUUGAAGGGCAAGAAAGGGAAGAAGAAAGAUAAAGAGAAAAAGAGUACAGAGUCUGGAGAUGAUGAAAACAAGGAUAAAUUAGAGAAGGACAAGGGAACUGAUGCAGAGAGUAGUGUGGUUGAAGGGAAUAAGGAGCAAAAAUCUGAAAAGGAAAAACGUAAAAAGAAAAUCAGAUUGGAUAUGCACGAUGAUCAACGGUUCGUUGAUAGUUUGGACGCCUACGUUUGGAUAUACGAUCCGAUUCCUUUCCAUUACUGGAUAAUAGGUACUCUGCUGGUUUUAGGUGCAAUUGGAGUAUGUCUUUUCCCACUUUGGCCACCAUCUGUCAGGCUGGGGGUAUAUUAUUUGAGUGUGGCAGCAGCAGGAUUUUUGGUGUCUAUAAUAGUUUUGGCGGUCAUUCGAUUGAUAAUAUUCUGCUUGAUCUGGAUACUAACAUUCGGCAAACAUCAUCUGUGGAUCUUACCAAAUUUGACAGAAGAUGUCGGUUUCUUUGCAUCAUUUUGGCCUCUAUAUACUUAUGAAUACAAGGGAGACAGAAAUGGUAAUGGAAAAAAAGGAAAGAAAAAGAAGAAGGAUAAAGAUUCAGAUGCAGAGGACGAAGAUGAGAAACAGAAAGAAGGUUCUGAAACCAUCUCUAAUUCUGGAGUUGUUGAGUUGCAGGAUACAAAUGAUGUGGUAGACGAUCAUAAUUCAGAGGAGAAUUUGAAGAAUUCGGAAAGCGAGAGCGAAUCCAGCCAAAGAUCCAGCACUGGUAAGGAUUUUGAAAUUGUUGACCAACAAGAAUUGGAAUCCUAG